UCUCCUCUCCUCUCCUCUCUCUCCUCCCCGGCUUGCAUGCACAGCCAUGGCCGAGGACAAGCUCUUCAAGGCCGAGUAUGCAAAGAGCGGGCGCGCCUCCUGCAAGAAAUGCGGCGAGAGCAUCGCCAAGGACUCUCUGCGGCUCGCGAUCAUGGUGCAGUCGCCCAUGUUUGACGGCAAGGUCCCGCACUGGCACCACUACUCCUGCUUCUGGAAGCGGACGAGGGUGGGGGCUCCGGGAGAGGUGGACGGGCUGUCCGACCUGCGGUGGGAAGACCAGGAGAAGAUCCGCAAGUCCGUGGAGACCGGUGGGGGCGGCACAGGAGGGAAGGGCGGCGAGGCGGGGGAGAAAACCCUGGCUGACUUUGCCGUGGAGUACGCCAAGUCCAACCGGAGCACGUGUAAAGGGUGCGGCGCCAAGAUCGAGAAGGAUAAGGUGCGCCUCUCCAAGAAGAUGAUGGACCCGGAGAAGCCUCAGCUGGGGAUGAUCGACCGCUGGUACCACCCGGACUGCUUUGUGUUCCGCAGGGCCGAGCUGGCCUUCCUGCCCACCCACAGCGCUGCCCAGCUCCGCGGCUUCAGCAGUCUCUCCGCCGACGACAAGGCUACCCUCAAGAAGGAUCUUCCGGCAAUCAAAACCGAAGGGAAGAGGAAAGGGGACGAGGCUGACGGGGAAACGACCGGGAAGAAGAAAAAGAAGAAAGAUGAGAAACUGGCAAAGCAGGAGAAGGAGCUGAAGGACCAGAGCCAGCUAAUUUGGGGCAUCAAGGACUCCCUGAAGAAAAGCUGCUCCACCAACGACAUGCGGGAGCUGCUCAUCGCCAACGGACAGGAGAUCCCAUCCGGGGAGUCCGCAAUUGUGGACCGGGUGUCGGACGGGAUGGCCUUCGGGGCCUUGCAGCCCUGCGGGCAGUGCCAGGGGCAGCUGGUGCUGAAGGAUGAUGCCUACACCUGUACCGGGAACAUCACCGCCUGGACCAAGUGCAGCUUCACCACCAAGAGCCCCCAGUGCAAGGACUGGAUCACCCCCAAGGAGUUCCACUGCGUCGCCUACCUGAAGAAGUUCAAGUUCAAGAGGCAGGGCCGGAUCUUCCUGCCGGAGCCUCCGGCAGCCGAUUGCCGGCCCGGUGACACCGACACUCCCACGGCCGCGGCAGGCCCGCCGCUGACCAACCUGAAGGUUCUUCUGGUGGGGAAACUCUCGAAGAACAAGGAGGAGCUGAAGAACCUGGUGGAGGAGAUGGGCGGCAAGACCACUACCUCUGCGAACAAGGCCCAGCUCUGCGUCAGCUCCCAAAAGGAGGUGGACAAGAUGAGCAAGAAGAUGGAGGAGGUGAAGGCGGCCAGCGUCAGGGUAGUAUCCGAGGACUUCCUCCUGGACCUGCGGUCGGGGAAGGGGCUCCCGGACCUGCUCUCCGCGCACGCUAUCUCCCCCUGGGGCGCCGAGGUCUCCAAGCCGCCGGCUGCCACCGCCGCCGCAGCCAAAUCCGCCGGGAACAAGGCAGCAAAGAACGCCAGCAGCAAGGUCAAGCAGGAGGAAGGUUCUGGCAAGUCGGAGAAGAAGAUGAAGUUGACGGUGAAAGGAGGGGGAGCCGUGGACCCCGACUCGGGUCUGGAGGACACGGCCCACGUGCUGGAGCAGGGCGGGCGCAUCCUCAGCGCCACGCUGGGCCUGGUCGACAUCAGCCGCGGCACCAACUCCUACUACAAGCUGCAGCUGCUGGAGGAUGACCACAGGAAGAGGUACUGGGUGUUCCGCUCCUGGGGCCGGGUGGGCACCACCAUCGGGGGCAACAAGGUGGAGAAGAUGUCGUCGCGGGAGCACGCGGUCGACCACUUCCUGGGCCUGUACGAGGAGAAGACGGGCAACGCCUGGCAGUCCAGCAACUUCACCAAGUACCCCAACAAGUUCUACCCGCUGGAGAUCGACUACGGGCAGGACGAGGAGGCGGUGAAGAAGCUGACGGCCAGCUCGGGCACCAGGUCCAAGCUGGAGAAAGCAGUCCAGGAACUGAUCCGCGCCAUCUUCGAUGUGGAGAGCAUGAAGAAGGCCAUGGUGGAGUUCGAGAUCGACCUGCAGAAGAUGCCCCUGGGCAAACUGAGCAAGAGGCAGAUCCAGAGCGCUUACUCCAUCCUCAACGAGGUUCAGCAGGUUGUUGCCAGUGCUGGGCCCGACUCUCACAUACUGGACCUGUCCAACCGCUUCUACACUCUCAUCCCGCACGACUUUGGCAUGAAGAAGCCCCCCCUGCUCAACAACGAGGCCUACAUACAGGCCAAGGUGCAGAUGCUGGACAGUCUGCUGGACAUAGAGGUGGCCUACAGCCUGCUGAAGGGAGGCCUAGACGACGAGGCCAAGGAUCCCAUCGACAUCAACUAUGAGAAGCUGCACACGGACAUCAAGGUGGUGGAUAAACACACGGACGAGGCCAAGAUCAUCACGGACUACGUGAAGAACACGCACGCAGCCACCCACAACCAGUACGACCUCGAGGUGUUGGAGAUAUUCCGUGUGCGGAGGGAGAAUGAGGAACAGCGCUUCCAGCCCUUCAGUGAGCUGCACAACCGCCAGCUGCUGUGGCACGGUUCCCGCACCACCAACUUCGCCGGCAUCCUGUCCCAGGGGCUCCGCAUCGCCCCCCCAGAGGCCCCCGUGACGGGCUACAUGUUUGGGAAGGGGGUCUACUUUGCCGACAUGGUGUCCAAGAGUACCAACUACUGCCACACGUCGCAGGCUGAUCCCGUCGGACUGGUCCUGCUGGCCGACGUCGCCCUGGGCAACAUGCACGAGCUGAAGCGGGCAAGCCACGUCACCAAGCUGCCCAAGGGCAAGCACAGCGUGAAAGGCGUGGGCAAGACGGCCCCGGACCCCAGCGCCACCAUCAAGCUGGACGGAGUGGAGGUGCCGCUGGGCAAAGGAAUGCAGACACCGGCUGCAGACUCCAGCCUCCUGUACAACGAGUACAUUGUCUACGACGUGGCUCAGGUCAACAUCAAGUACCUGCUCCGGUUGAACUUCAAGUACAAGACCUCCCUGUGGUGAAGGCUCUCAGUUCCACCCCACGCCCCCGGGCUGGGGAGGAGAGGGAGCGGCUGUGACACAAGGCCCUGCUCCCAUGUAGCCACUGAACCAGGGAAGUGGGGCGGGGUGGGGGGAGGGUCAGAAGAAUCUCCCCCUCCCUGCCUCCUCCUCCCCAACCCCAAUCCCAGAACUCGAAGCUGACAAAAAGCUAUACAUACGCAAGCAUUGUUUUAGAUUUUUAAACGCAAAUAAUAAAUGCUGCAGUUUAUUUGGCUCGGGUGACGGUGGAUUGUGGAGGAGGCUUUGUUGUUAGUGUAAACUGUUCGGACUUUUGGUUUACUUGUGGGAAACUAUUGACGGGGGAACGGGACUGAUGGGCAAGUCAGACCUGACCAGGGGCUGCAAACCUUUGCAUUCACUCCCAUCUUUGUUUGCCUUCUGUUGAAGGGAGGUUCUCUCUCUUCCUCUCCCCUCACUUCUUUUCCUUCAGGUUUGUUGAUUUCCCCCCAUCCCCCCCUUUUUUUAUAUGUUGUGAAAAAUAAAAGGAUGGCUUGAACUGACA